AUGCUGGAGAGGGGCACCGAGCAAGUUCACGAGAGCUUCGAGGUCGCGAUGGCUUGGGCCAUGGAGGCGGCACAGCUCCAUCCUCCGAAUCGAGCCUAUCGACGCGUCGCGAUAGGAGUCGCUGUGGGAACUGGUCUAUAUGCUCUCUGGCAGGCUUACGUAUACUCGCUGAAACGCGACUCGUUUGUCGCGUACACGCUCAUUGCGAAGGAACCCGUCUCCUCAACCGCAAGCAUAUUUCACCUGGCACUAAAGCAACCAGACCACAAUUAUGAGAUUUAUAAAGAUGCUUGGAGGAGAGGGAUCUGGAAUGUUCAUUUCAAGCAGCCGCAGCUCCAGAUUGUCAGAGCAUACACACCAUUACCGCCGAUUGAUGAAAAGACCGCAGAAGAGAAGGGUGAAAUGAGGUUCUUGAUACGAAAGGAUCCACAUGGCGAGGUCUCCAGUUAUCUUCACAAGCUGCGCAUUGGUGCCGACAUCGAAAUGCGAGGACCUAAUCUAGAGUAUGAAUUGACUCCAGAGGUACGGCAAGUGGUUUUCUUCGCCGGAGGAACUGGUAUUGCGCCUGCUUUGCAGGUGGCACACGCUUUAUUUGAAGGCAGGAGACCAGCAGAGAGUGACGCGGUGAACAGUGACCGGAAGCUACAUAUCUUAUGGGCAAACAGAAUGCGCGAAGAUUGCCUGGGCGGCGUCAGCGAUGAUCCCCCUGCCGAAUCAUUGCCUCCCAAGCCCAGCUGGACGGGCUUCUUCACCAACCCAAAACGGAAGCCAUCGCCGCCAAUUUCUGAGAAGAAAGUUGUUAUCGUGCAGGAUUUAGAGGCUUUGAAGCAAAGGUAUCCGGGCCAGAUCACGGUGGAAUAUUUUGUCAAUGCCGAGGACUCAUGGAUCGAUGAAGACGCCGUUUUUCGAGCACUGUCCAGGUUCGACGACAAGGACUUUUCCACAGGAUACGCGACGUCCCGAGAACAGAGGCAAAUUCUCAUUUCUGGGCCACCUGGUUUUAUCGCCUACCUUGCUGGCCCCAAAGAAUGGAAGAAUGGAAAGGAAGAACAGGGCGCCGUCAGUAAGCUCGUCGCUCAUGCCAUCUCCAAAAACCCACACAAUGUCAAGGUGUGGAAGAUAUAA